AAAGACCAAAAGUGUUAAUUAAUCGGCCAUAAAAUAUAAACAUUAGAAUCAAAACCGAGAGAAGCGAGCGUUAGCAACAAUAUACCAAAUACUGAUAAAUAAUACAAUUCACGGCAAACUGGGUACGAAUCAAUUUUGUUCUCGUAUAUAACACAAUAUUAAGUCAAGAAAUCUUGUAUAGAAGCUACACAGUCAAGCUUAAUCAGUCGUCCAGUGCUUUCGUGUAUUAUAAGUUUAGAAUUUAAAAAUAAAAUGGCGCAAGGACGAUGCCUGUUACUGGUGUUUUCAUUUGCAGCAGUUUUGUGUUUAGUUUCGUGUGCAAAAGUUUUACCUAUAGAUGGCGCAUCUGUGACACUGGCUAGUGGGUUUAAUGUCAAGCCAUCUCCUGUGGUACCACAAGAUUUUACUACUGCUACUUUAGUUGACGAUACUGCUAAGACACCUACUGUACCACUUCCUUUACCAGCUACCUCGGAAUUGAAGACCGAGAUUCCGUCAUGGGCUAAAAUUCAAUCUGCCCCAGCUAUUAAGGCUGAACCACACACAAUCAUACCGAUCACCCUGACUAUAACACCAACUCUAUUAACCCCUAUUAGAAUUGUACCUAGUACAGAAGUGACCGAAGAAAUGAUAGCUCCAAGCAGUGUUGUGAAAAUAUCUCCGUCAGAAACCUAUGAUGUACCUGCAGUUGAUCUACUUCCACCCAAGAAACCUUGAAUCCUAAAUUAAGGGGCCUAAGAAACACGUUAAUAACACACAAUAGAAGAAAAUAAUCUCAUACCAAGAUUGGAACAAUCCAUCAUCAUGUA